GGCCUUAUACUACAAAUUACUUAUUAUGAUAUCUUUUCAUUUGUCUUAUUGGUAGGGAAAGGUGUCGGUUUGGCUACUAGUAGAGCUCUAGUGUAUACCAUAUAUCUACUCAGGGAAGAGUGAGAAGCUGUUCCAAAACCAACCAAGUGGGGUGAACAUGAUGAGCCUCUUUUGGUUUCUAGUUUUCUUUGCACAUCUUGCAAUAGCAUCCUGUAUUGUGGAAUUUCAAGAUAAUGAUCCAAGGCACAAGCAAGAGGGCAUGCAGCUGAAUUUGUACCAUGUUAAAGGUCUUGACUCCUCUCUGACUUCCACAUCACCAUUUUCAUUCUCUGACACUAUCACCAAAGAUGAGGAGCGUGUCAAGUCUCUUCAUUCCAGAUUAGCAAACAAGGAAGGUGUCAGCAACUCUGGCACCACUGUCUCUUCUGAUAAAUUGGGGGGACCAAACCUUGUGAACACACCCUUGAAAUCAGGUUUGUCAAUUGGUUCAGGCAAUUACUAUGUGAAAAUAGGACUUGGGACCCCUGUCAAGUAUUUUAGCAUGAUUGUAGACACUGGUAGCUCCCUCUCCUGGCUCCAGUGCAAGCCUUGUGUCAUUUACUGCCACGCGCAGGUUGACCCUAUAUUCGCUCCUUCCUCAUCCAAGACCUACAAAACCUUGCCAUGUUCAUCCCCUCAGUGUUCCUCCCUCAGGGCCUCCACACUAAAUGCUCCAAGUUGCUCAAAUGCAACUGGUGCUUGUGUCUACAAAGCAAGCUACGGUGACACUUCUUUCUCAAUUGGUUUCUUGAGUCAAGAUGUGCUAACCUUGACUCCAUCAGUGGCACCAUCAAGUUUUCUGUAUGGUUGUGGUCAGGACAAUCAAGGGUUGUUUGGAAGGGCAGCAGGUAUUUUAGGUCUAGCCAAUGACAAGCUCUCCAUGUUUGCACAAUUAUCCAACAAAUAUGGCAAUGCCUUCUCCUAUUGCCUCCCCACAUCUUUCUCUGCAAUCAACUCUUCCCUAUCAGGUUUCUUGUCCAUUGGAGGCUCAUCGUUGACAUCAUCACCAUCACCAUACAAGUUCACUCCCUUGUUGAAGAAUCCAAAGAUUCCAAGCUUAUACUUUGUUGGUUUGACAACCAUCACUGUGGCAGGAAAGCCUCUUGGAGUGGCUGCAUCAAGUUACAAUGUGCCAACCAUAAUAGACUCUGGCACAGUAAUCACAAGGCUACCUGAACCCGUCUAUAAUGCACUGAAAAAGUCUUUUGUAGUGAUCAUGUCCAAAAAGUAUGCACAGGCCCCAGGAUUCUCCAUAUUGGAUACCUGCUUCAAGGGAAGUGUUAAGGGAAUGUCAACAGUGCCUGAGAUUGAGAUGGUGUUUCGUGGGGGUGCUGGCCUAGCACUCAAGGCUCAUAACACCCUUAUUGAAAUUGAGAAGGGUGUUACUUGUUUGGCCAUUGCUGCUAGCUCUAGCUCCAUUUCCAUUAUUGGGAAUUAUCAACAACAGACAUUCAAGGUGGCUUAUGAUGUUGCCAAUUCUAGGAUUGGAUUUGCAGCUGGUGGAUGUCAGUGAUCAGUUGUUCUUGUUUCCUGGCGAAAUCAGUUGCAACUCGCAAAGGUAGUGACUAGUGCAUGAUACAUUUUAUCAAAUAUGUUGUUUGCAAAUAUAUGUUUCAAUACUGACAGCCUUAAGAGACAUGUGCUGUAUCCUGUAUGUAUCUUAGUGAGCAAAUAAGGGGAAUGACAAUUAAAUGCUCACAUGAAACUUGCAAUUGUAUUAGAUUGAGAGUGGAGAUUUUUAUUUUGAA